AUGCCCGCGCCCAUAUCGUUUGCCAUAUUGUGGCUCAUUGUGGCCUGGCUGGAAGGUAACGCAGCGGCAGGCAACAGCGGCGAGCGGGUACACAUACGUCUCCACAUGCCGGAAGUUGUGCGUCAGCACACGCACUUUCACAAGGUCUACAAGCAUUUCCCACUUCCAGUCGCGGCGCCGCAGCCGCUGAUGCCUGUUGCCGCGCCGCCUGUGGGCAAGCCGCAUGUCUCGCUGCUGGGCUACACGACAACGGCCAGCGGCAGCGGCGGCAUGGCGCCCAGCGUAAAGCAGCUAAUGGCCACAGCAGACACGCCCAUGGCCAUGUCGAUGCCCACAUUGAAGCCGAACUAUGGACCAGCUCUAUUCGAUAACUACAACCAGCAGCAGGCGGCAGAAGCGGAGCCAGAGGCUGAAACGGAACCGGAACUCGAGAACAAUGAGCUGCUCAAUGGCAACUUUAUGGCUGCCCUACAGCGCGAAUACCAGUCCAAGUUCGGGGGCCGACAACGCAAGCGCAAGAAGGUCACCCACUUGAGCAAGCUGCGGAGCAGACCUAAGCAGAAGCCGCAGCAGCUGCUGUCGAACAGUGAUGAGCAGUUCGACGAUUACCAGGACGAGGCGGACACACGCUACGCCGAGCCAGAUGAACCCAACGAACAGUACAUGGAUGCAGCCAAGUCUUGGGCGGAGCUGGGCGAAAGCGAGGACGACAGCGCAGCGGCAUUUAGCGGACACAAUAAUGCGCUCAGUGCGGUGCCCAGUGUCGAUGAUUUUCUCAAUGAGGUCAGUGGCAACAACUUUGGGCCCUACUAUGGCAGCAUGUACAGUGAGUAUGGCAACACUGGCCACGCGGACAACAGGUACAGCGAAUAUGGCAACACUGGCAGCAUGUACAACGAAUAUGACAGCGCCGAUCCCACGGGCAGCUCCGCCUGGCAAGCCACGCCCAGCGCUGCAUACAAUAGUUAUCCACGGCCCACCAAAGCUACGCCCAUCCGACCGCGCCCACGUCAGCGAUCGCGACCAAGCGCUCCAGCCACGAGCUUGACCAGUCCAGCAGGAAAUGGCGGAAAAGUCCGAUACAUCAAGCUGACCACACGCAAGAAACGCAAGAAUCGCAUCAAAGCGAAAAGAUAUCGCAUUUAG